UGUCGCACUGUUUUGGUAUCGUCUCGAUUUAGAGGAAAUCAUUUUUCAUAAUUUACUCAUGACUAUUUCGUUUAAUAUAAAUUGUUGCAUAUAUGAGAUAAGAUACUCUAGAAUUCUAACUAGCAGACAUGAAUACUACGGCACCAACUUCGGCGGAUGCCUGCCUGAGUAUAGUCCACUCGUUGAUGUGCCACCGGCAAGGUGGUGAGAGUGAAGGGUUCUCAAAACGCGCCAUAGAAUCGCUGGUGAAGAAGUUGAAAGAGAAGAGAGAUGAACUGGAUUCAUUAAUAACUGCAAUUACAACAAAUGGUGCACAUCCAAGUAAAUGUGUUACAAUACAACGCACAUUAGAUGGUCGAUUGCAGGUUGCUGGUAGAAAAGGUUUUCCACAUGUGAUCUACGCAAGGAUAUGGCGCUGGCCCGAUCUACACAAAAAUGAGUUAAAACAUGUGAAAUUUUGUCAGUUUGCUUUUGAUUUAAAGUGUGACUCAGUUUGCGUGAACCCUUACCACUAUGAGAGAGUGGUAUCUCCUGGAAUAGAUCUAUCCAACCUUACACUUCAAUCAGGACCUAGUAGGUUGGUUAAAGAUGAAUAUACAGCAGGCAUUGGUGGUAACGGUAUGGACAUGGAUAACGGAGAACUUGUUACUAUACAGCAUCAUGCCACAAGCCCACGACACCCCCACUCGACUAUAGCUCAUCACCAUCAACAGUUUCAACCAACUAAUAUUAUUAUUAAUCAGGGACAAACGCCUGAUGGCGUUCCCAACAUGUUUUCGCCGCACGGACCGCGGCCGCCAUUACGUCCCGGCGCGCCCCUUGCCCCGCCACAGAUGGGCCAUUCACCUGGCAACCAAAUGAUGAACCAUCCUAAUAGUCAAAUGUCCCAGAUGGGACCAGGGACACCGCAAAUGGGUAGAACAACACCUCAAAUGGGACCAGGUACUCCUCAAAUGGGGCCGGGAACUCCGCAAAUGGGACCUGGGACACCGCAAAUGGGCCCUGGUACUCCGCAUGGCCCUGGUACUCCGCAAAUGGGGCCAGGAACACCACAGAUGGGACCAGGCACGCCACAAAUGGGUCCCGGCACGCCACAAAUGGGGACAAAUGUGCCACAGAUGGCUUCACCUAGAAUGGCUUCAGCUCCCAACCAAAUGUCACCCGGCACUCCCCAAAUGCCGAAUAUAAGUCAAGGAAUGUCGAUACAGAAUUCACAAAUGGUGAUGGCACAGCAAAGGGCGAUCGCGCCGAAGUUAGAACCACCUGAUACUAUGGACGCGCGUACUAUGUGGAGAAUGAAUCAUUCGGCUAUGCCACUCAGUAUGUCGCCAGGUGGCACCACUCCCAUAAUCGAUGGGACAAACAAUACUUUCUUUACGUCAGAACAGACAACUACUGACAACACGCAAAUGACGCAAACAUUGCCAGUGGGCACAGUGCCCGUAUCCACGGUAACAUCAGUCGCGGUGACAGCAGGUUCACCACCGGAGCCGCAGCAGAACGGCUUCGCGCCGACCAGCCCGCCGCAGCAGAGCCCGCUGCCGCACCGCACGCAGCACCAGCAGGGCACAUGGACGGGCAACAACACGCUGACGUAUACGCAGAGUCUCGCGCCACCCCCCGCCGCACCGCCUGUCGAUGCGCCCGCGCAUCACCAUCAUUAUUACAACGGCAACCCCGGUGGCUUACUAUCGAGUCAACCUGCACCGGAAUAUUGGUGUUCGGUUGCGUACUUCGAGUUGGACACGCAAGUUGGCGAAACGUUCAAAGUGCCGUCCAGUAGGCCGAAUGUUACUGUUGACGGUUACGUAGAUCCGUCUGGUGGAAAUAGAUUCUGUUUGGGUGCGUUAAGUAAUGUCCAUAGAACAGAGCAAAGUGAGCGAGCGAGGCUCCACAUCGGCAAAGGCGUGCAGCUGGACCUGCGCGGCGAAGGUGACGUGUGGUUACGCUGUUUAUCCGACCAUUCUGUGUUCGUGCAGUCGUACUACCUCGACCGGGAGGCGGGCAGAGCCCCCGGGGACGCCGUGCAUAAGAUAUACCCGUCCGCUUGUAUCAAGGUGUUCGACCUGCGACAGUGCCACCGCCAAAUGCAGACGCAGGCCGCGACCGCGCAGGCGGCCGCCGCGGCGCAGGCUGCCGCUGUGGCGGGACACAUACAGCCCGCGCACCCCGGGAUGAACAAGUGUCUGUCAGCAGCGGCGGGUAUAGGUGUGGACGAUCUGCGAAGGUUGUGUAUCGUACGGCUGUCGUUUGUUAAGGGCUGGGGGCCGGACUACCCCCGGAGUUCUAUUAAGGAGACACCUUGCUGGGUUGAGGUGCAUUUACAUAGAGCGCUGCAGUUAUUAGAUGAGGUGUUGCACACGAUGCCCAUCGACGGGCCGCGGACGAACAUCGAGUAGGAGUUGAUCGGCUUCUUUUGAGGCCUUCGAGCGACCACGCGCCACUCAUCGCUCACGUGUCGCUAAAUGCAGUUAUAGUGUCGUUUAUGUGUCGUUAAAGUGUUUGUGGUGGGUCUCGUGGUACAGGGG